GGAAAACACCGUAAGUAACCCAGGGGAAUUUAACGCACAAUGACUUUAGUGACGUGGUUCAUAUACUUUUUGUUCGUUGUAGUCAGUUAUGGAGAUGUCAAUAAUCAUCCUGCCUGUGAUCAGAGUCAGAUACAAACAAAUCUAUACCUAGACUUGGGAUGUAAACCAAUCUAUUCAAAAUGCCAAAAGUGCCCCGUAAGAUACGAGUGUAAUUUAGCGCCCAAAAAUGGGAGUUGUCUAUUUAGAGGAAAAUAUAUUCCUAUUGGAGAGGCACUCAAUGACAAUGAUACUUUGAGUACAUGUUAUGUUGGAUGUUUCUGUGGUGAAGACCAAAGAUUUGUCUGCGCCAUUUUAGACUGUUGGUUCCCUAUACCAGAAGAAAAGCCAAACUGCUAUACGAAAUGGACCCUUGAUCAAUGCUGCCCUGGAGAAACUUAUUGUUAUGACGAGUGUCACCCACCCCAUACAUGUUUAGUGGACGGUAAAACAUACAGGGAAGACGAAAUAUUCUUCCCAAAGGAUUCCUGUUAUCGUUGCGUAUGCAAGAAGGGAUUCAAUGGUAAAUUAGAGGCGCCAUACUGUAAAAGACAGGCAUGUUUGGCCAAUUAUCAUUAUGUUGAUCAGCUAAAUCAAUAUUGUGCUCCCAUCUACAGCGAGGGCCCAAACUGUUGUUCUUAUGAAUGGCUUUGUCCAUCUUCAAAUGAUAAGAAACUUCCAUCUGUUAAAAAACCUUGUGGUGCAGGGUUAACAUGUAAAUAUGGAAAGAAGGUUUUAAAAGUAGGUGACAGAUUCGAAAGUAAAAUAAUAAAUUACGACAAUACGACGACACCAGUUCAAUGUGAAUGCGACGUACCGCCAUUGGUUACCUGUAGGAAAUAAAAAAAUGAAAUAUAUUGAUUUAAGUUUGUUAAAUGUUUUUAUCAUAAUAAAUAUGUCCACAACUGCAA